AUUGCCCCUAGCGGCUAAACAAAUCUUCAUCCACUAACUCGCCAUGGAUCCGUGGUGUAACGGAGUUAUAAUGUUAUGUACAAUUUUGUUAAUAUAUUGUAUAUCCAUAAGUGAUUGUUUUGAGAUGAAAACGAUAUAUUGCACCAUAUCCGACAGCUGUGACUGCGACUUUAAACCUAACAUACAAGGUUUGGAGUGGGACCUUUAUAAAAAUCUGUAUGGGCAGCAUUUGGUGCAGGACAUUGUAUCAGAGUCAGUCACAAGCUUCCUGCAGAAGCAGAGUCCAGACCGGCCGCUGGUUCUUUCCUUCCAUGGAGCAUCAGGGACUGGAAAAAGCAUGGUGAGCGCUAUGCUGGCCCGUCACCUGUACGGCACCUCCAUGUGCAGCCCAUACAUCCAUCAGUAUGUCCCCACGCUGCACUUUCCACUUGCUAACCGCGUGAAGCAAUACAGGUCAGAUUUGAAGAACUGGAUUCAGGGAAACCUCACAGCCUGUGCUCGCUCUGUCUUCAUCUUCGAUGAGAUGGAGAAGAUGCCUCCUGGAGUGAUUGAUGUUUUGGAACCGUUCCUCGGGCCUUCGCAUGUUGUUUUCCAGACCAACUACCGCAAGGCCAUCUAUAUUUUUAUUACUACGGCCGGUCAGGAAGUUAUUAACAAAGUGACUCUGGAGAACCGACAAGCAGGACGAGACAGGGAGGAAAUUCAGGCAAAGCAGUUGGAGGAGGCUAUUGCAGACGCUGUAUACGACAACAAAAAAAGUGGAUUCUACCAUUCGAAUAUAAUCUCUGCAAAGAGAAUAACCCACUUUGUGCCCUUUCUGCCCUUGUGUCGGCGACACGUGGAGCGCUGUGCCCAGCGGGAACUGUGCCAGCGCGGCGAGUGCCAGCGCAGAGACGUGGCAGUGGCAGUAGGGGGCGCCAUGUCCUACACACCACAGGAUGGGCAACACUUCUCAAGCACUGGCUGCAAGCUGGUACCUGCUAAAGUCAAUCUCUUCCUAUGAGCCCUGGGAGUGAGACGAGUGGACAUAACAGGAAUAUCAGACCAGCUGGUGUUCAGCUGUGCCAGUGUGCAGGAACAGAUUUUGCCUUUUGUAAGGAUACUGGUUGAAAAGGACCAAAAUCAGAAGUAUAGCUCUGAGGACUGGCUCUAAGAUAAGUUUACAGGAACUAAUCACAUGCUGACUAUCAGGGGAUCAGUCGGUGUAUAAAGACACAGGUAAAUGACCUUGCAGGCGAGGAUUGCUUCUAUGAAAGAGAGAGUGUUUCUGCAGCUGCUCUGCAUGUACCAAACACACAGCGGUUAUGCUGCUGAUCAUUGUAAGGGAACAGAUGUACAGAGCUGCAGUCAGCUGACUGGACAGCUUUGCUCAAUUAAAUGUGAGUGAUUUUGUCUAACUACAAGAUUUUUUUUUUUAGCUGACUAUACAACCUUUUUAAGUGUUAUUUAUAACUCGGAGAAUUGGCGAAUUUAAUUAGUGAAAGUAUAGAAGGUACAUGAUGCCAAUCCAAAGUUGGGACUUUUUAUUUUAUCACUCAUUUAUUGUUUUUAUUUUAUUUUUAAGUUUUUACCCAAAAAAUGUAUACAGUACCUAGAGUUUAAACUGUUAUAUCUUAACUGCAUAUGUGUUUAUAGGUGGUGUGUUCAGUAGUAAACACACAUUCAAUCAGUUCUGUCCAAACUUUUAACUGGUACUGAAUGCUGCAAAUGAAGUAUUGUAUUUUUACAUUCAGUGCAUAUAUUCAUUGUAUUACUCAUAAUUAUUUCCUUCUUUUAUUAUUGAAUUUUAACCCAUGUUUAAAAGUAAGGAUUAUUCCGAAUGGUAUUUUCUUAAUGUAUUUUUCCUGAACCACUGAGAUAAGCUAAGCUAAAACAGGGCUAAACAGCCCACAAUGUCAUCUGAAAUCGUUGGGCUUUGCAGUCAGAUGAGCCUCUGUCUCAGUGUGUAAGAUUUGAUCAGCCACAUACUGUGUGAAAAAUAUGUCUUUGGUUGGUAAACAAAGUACUAAUUUAGUCUCUUACAGUGCGACGUUUCAUACACAGCAUCUGAGAAACUUUAAAAGUUCAAACUGGGACUUCUAAUUCAAACGUGGUAUUUUUUAAUACUUCACUAUAUUGAUAAUACAAGUUGCCAAGCAUUGAUAAUACAAGAAUACUAUCAAACACACACUACUGAACUCAAAAAUCUUUUUUUUGUUGUUGUUGUUGUCGUCAAGGGCAGAAUUGGCAAUUGCAAUCAGGCAUGUUCACUUUGGCCCAUGUAACUUAUGAUGAUAGUGAUAUUUCUCUCUCAUCGCUGCCAUAGGUUAUUUAUUUGAGCUGAUUUUAAGGGAGUUCAUAAAAUGAAGGAAAAAAAAGUACUGUAAUAAUGUGCCUGAAACAGAUUAAAAACUUGAAAUUGUAA